CUGGCUCGGGUAUCAACAGCAGUGGCUAGGCGAAGUUGCCAUCUCCGUCAAUGUUGACGAAGGUCCAUGUGUACCAAUCGGCAAUGCAUUUGAUUCGGAACUGAUGCUAAGAAUCCUUCCUCUGGGAGCCUCGAUUGUGUACGGGUACGAGUCCACUGACGGGAACGGCUUCCGAGCCUCUUUGAGAGAACAGCUUAUUGCAAAUAAUGCUGCAGUAAAUUUUGUUGGAGAAUUACAAGCGGGUACUAUGCUCGACAACGAUGUCGAAGGGUGGACUGGUUAUCGCAUUGAUCAAGUUGCCGUCAAAGCGGAGAAUGCCCUACCUUGGCUGCCUAAUCUUGUCAUCAUUCAUGCUGGUACAAACGACGCCUUGCAAAAUUAUGAAGUUAGCACUGCACAUGAAAGGCUCGGCUCUCUGCUUGAUCGGAUCUUGAGCGCGGUGCCAGGAACAGUCAUCUUAGUCUCAACAAUAAUACCAAACACCGAUGCUCCCACAGAAGCCAACAUUGAAAUCAUCAAUUCCAACAUUCAAGCUAUGGUUCAGUCUCGUGUAGCUGCUGGCUCUCUCAUUCAACUGGUCGACAUGCACAAUGGAUAUAUCACCACAGCCGACCUAAACUCUGGUGGAACUCAUCCCACCGACGAGGGCUACGUCAAGAUGGCCAAUGUCUGGUAUGGAGGCAUCCAACAAAUCUACGCCAAUUGCUGGCUCACUCCUCCUGCUGUCGUCGCCGGUCUGAAUGACAGUGUUGGGACGGGUAUCAGAGAUACCACCUGCGAAAAGAUACCCGGCAAUGCAAUUGGUCCAGUACUUACUCAGGAGGGAUCUGGCAAUCAAGAUGGAGGAUAUGUGCAUAUUGGGACUCUCCUGGGUGAUAUGAGUAAUCUCUUCACAAAUAUCUGGUCACCCACGUACGAAUACGAUGCUAUAGGAACUUAUUGGGCAGACAUCGACGGAGAUGGAGUCGACGAUUUUGUCUACAUUGGGGAAGAUUUAUUCAUGGGAGUCGCUAUCAACUAUGGGGUUUUUGAUGACUUCAGUCCCAUUCUCAACAUUUCUACGAACAUGCCAUGCUUGCGUCGAGGUGUCAGAAUGGGAGACUUGAAUGCAGAUGGUCGUGACGACUUUUUCUGUCUCACAUAUCCAGAUGGUGCGCUUGUAGCAUGGCAAAAUACACCAGGGUCGGACGUUCGUAGUCCAAAUUGGGUCUCUCUGGGGGUCAUCUUCAAUGCUGUUGCUGGCUGUCAACAAUACCAGAUCAGAUUAGGUGAUAUCGACGGCGAUGGGAGAAUUGAUUACAUGUGUGUUGACCCUACUACUGGAGAUAUCCAUGCAUGGAGAAACGGAGGGCAGGGAGUUGCGCCAGCGUACUGGCAAGAUUUGGGAAUCAUCUGGACUGGUGGCAAUAUGGGAGACAUUGCUGGUUUUAGAUUUGUCGAUAUAAAUGGCGACGGACGAGACGAUCUACUUUGGGUUAGCAACACUGGAGCCGUCACAACUUGGAUCAAUCAGCGCGGCUGGACCCAAGGCUACGCACCUUACUGGGUCAGUGCUGGAGUCACUCACUCUGGAGGCAACACUGGCGUUACGAACCGCACUCAAGUUGUCUUCGGGUGGGUAGCCACUCAUAAAGAAUACAUAACGUGGCCAGAUUACGACGCCGUCGGGGCAGAUUAUACUACCGCUUUCAGUCAAAUAACGAGCGCUGGUUCAAAACCUUUUUACAGCAUAAAUAUCACGAUGUGGAGGAAUGGUGGUCACGGUGGCUCAAGACAGAAAGGUGACGGAGAUCGUUACUGUGAUAUGAGAGGCACGGGAUCAGACGACUAUGUUUGGAUGGAGAAAGAUGGAAAUCUGACUUUAUAUGGCAACUUCCAUGAGCCUCCUUAUUGGCUGCAUUAUGGCCAAAUCUUUUCACCUGGAGGAUUUCUGAUGACCCAGCGAGUUCGGAAAGAUAUACACUUGGCUGACAUGACCGGCGACGGGAAAUGCGACUUUCUUAUAGUCGACAAGUACACUGGAUAUGUUCAUAUGAUACGUAACGAUUACUCAAAGGCCACCGAUACGUUUGCAUGGACAGAUGUCGGCCGGAUCUUCAAUGGAGGUGGCUGCACAAACCAUUAUGGUGUCGGUCUUUUUGACCUCGGAGUGAGAUUUGCCGAUAUUGACGGAGACGGAAUCGCAGACUACCUCUGUUUGGACUUGAACGGUCGCACAACAGCUUGGUUGAACAAAGGGGCGAACAACUUCAUAUCACAAGGCCAAGUCAAAUUCUCAGAAGGCGCCGACAGAGCCAGCAUUCGAUUCGCUGAUAUUAAUGGCGACGGAAGAGCCGAUUAUCUUUGGGUAGACAAGUUUGUUGGUUCAGUACGAGCCUGGACCAACGAAGGACCUGGUGAUCCAUCAGCCAACCAGGGUAGCUCAAUUCACUGGAAUCCUGUUGGUGCUGUAGCUGUAGGAGGAACUUUGAGAGGCGCAUGCAUUAACUUUGGGAACCUUUAUGGAGAAGGAAGAGCAGACUAUAUUGCAGUCUACCCGCUCACCUCUAUAGCCAAUACUUGGUUUAAUGUCUGUCCUAACAGCAAUAAUCCGCCCAUGACAAUUCUACCUCCUUUGCCAGGUGAUCCUUAUGCUAAGAGGAUGGAACCGUCUGGCAACCAGACUCUACUUGUGGAACGAAUGGAUAUGCCGAUCAACGCAGAUGUGAGUCGAUUUACAGGAUGA